AUGAAAAAAGUACAAACUGAAAAGUGUGAUCAAUGUAGCACAACUGUUUAUUUUGCCGAGCGUGCAACUACUGAUGGCAAAAUUUUCCAUACAAAAUGCUUAGGUUUAUAUUUAAAAACUAAAAAAGUUCCAUUACUUGGAAGAUAUCCAGGUGACGAAGAUAGAAUUGCAUGUCAAUUGACACCAAAAAAUUAA